ACAAAACCAACCUACCAUCCCCAUCAUGUCCCCUCCAAUCAGCUUUAUUUUGUCCAAAAAGGUAUAAUCCCAUAACCAACCCCCCCGCCUCCCUCCCUUUUCUUGUUCAUUAAUUUAAUUCAUCAAUCAAAACACCUGCAGAAAGUUAUGGAGAUGAGACUGCAAAUUUAGCUACCAGCUACCUAGUGCUGUUGAGCUGUUGAGUUGUGUGUGAAUCUCACCGGUCACCAUGGCAUACAUUUCUUCUCAUAUUCUCAAGAAUCUGCUUGUCUCUUGUAUAAUUUUAGUCUCAGCACUUGCUGUAAGAGUCAGUUGUUCCAAUCUCCAGUUGAAAGACUCAACCAUGGGAGACAACUUAAAUGCAACUUCUUUGUUGGAUAAUGCCUCAAUUAAGAAUGCCUUUCGACUUCCUUCUCCAUUGCCCACUUGGCCUUCAGGUGGAUGUUUUGCAAGUGGAGUCAUUGAUCUUGGAGGAUUACAUGUGUCACAAAUAUCAUCCUUGAGUAAAGUUUGGUCUACCAAUGAAGGCGGACCUGAUGAUCUUGGAUCUACAUUCUUUGAACCAUCAAAUUUACCAGAUGGAUUCUUUAUGUUUGGUUCCUAUAGCCAACCUAAUAAUAUGCCCCUUUUUGGAUGGACUCUUGCUGGGAAAGAUACAUCAGGUGGUACACUCAAGAUGCCAAAGGACUACACCCUUGUAUGGAGUAGUCAGAACUCGAAAAUCAAGCAGGAUAGUGUCGGCUAUAUCUGGCUUCCAACACCUCCUGAGGGUUAUAAAGCCAUAGGCUAUGUGGUCACAACCUCGCCUCAGAAACCUUCUGUGGAUAAAGUCCGUUGUGUUCGUGAUGAUCUCACAGAUGCAUGUGAAAGUCAUGAUUGGAUUUGGGGCACCAAUGGCUUGAAUGUGUACUCAUCCAGACCUAGAGACAGAGGAAUGCAAGCGUUGGGAGUGCCAACAGGUGCUUUUAUGGUUCAGAACAAUGGAGCUGCAGAUGCACUAGCUUGUUUAAAGAACGUCGAAGCUAAUAGAUCUGCUAUGCCAAAUUUUAACCAAGUUCAAGCAUUGGUUAAAGCAUACUCUCCACUGAUUUACUUUCAUCCAGAUGAAGAAUACUAUCCCUCAUCAGUAACUUGGUUUUUUCAGAAUGGAGCAUUACUAUAUACAAAAGGACAAGAAUCUUUGCCUGUUGGUAUUCAGCCCACAGGUUCAAAUCUUCCUCAAGGUGGUUCAAAUGAUUGUGCUUACUGGUUGGACCUCCCGACUGAUGAUGCAGCGAAAAGUAACGUCAAGAAAGGCGAUUUGCUGGGUGCCGCAGCCUACUUACACGUUAAACCAAUGUUUGGUGCAACGUAUACUGAUAUUGCUGUAUGGCUGUUUUAUCCCUUCAAUGGGCCUGCAAAGGCUAAACUUGAAUUCAUGACCAUCGCUUUGGGAAAAAUUGGAGAGCACGUUGGCGACUGGGAACAUGUUACAUUGAGGAUUAGCAACUUCAAUGGGGAGUUACAAGGUGUAUACUUUUCACAACACAGUGGAGGCAUUUGGGUAAGUGCUUCUCAGCUUGAAUUUCAAAACGGUAACAAACCUGUGGUGUACUCAUCAUUGCACGGACACGCUGCUUAUCCAAAACCAGGAAAUAAUUUGCAAGGGAGUGGAAUCAGAAAUGAUACAGGAAAGGGGAAGGUGAUGGACAUUGGAGCAAACUUCUCUGUAAUAGCAGCAGAAUAUUUGGGUUCAACUAUAGUGGAACCUCCAUGGCUUAAUUAUGCCAGGGAAUGGGGUCCAAAAAUUAGCUAUGAUAUAUCAAAAGAGCUCAAGGAAGUAGAGAGAUUUAUGAUUGGGAAACUGAAAAAGGCUAUAGAGAGAAUUGUGAGAGAUCUACCGAAUGAGGUUUUGGGUGAGGAAGGACCAACAGGUCCAAAAUUCAAAGACAUGUGGAGUGGUGAUGAAAGGGGUUGAAGUAACAUUGAUAACGAGGAAUUUGCUUUGAUCCAAUAUUUGUCUUAUCUACUAGCCAUUUCUCUCAAAACCCAGUAAUACCAAUUGAUAUUUCUCAAAAAACAUUUCAUUCUCUCUGUAUUCUCAUAUAAAUUCUUUAGCUCCUUCAAUGUUGGCUAGUAAAGAAAUAGCAAGUAAAAGCUAAGCAAGGACAAAAUGUUACUUGCACUUAAA